CCUCUCCCUUCGGCGCUUCACCUAUCAUCAGAGUCCGCUUUGGAUAGGUGAAGCAGCGCUGGAGAGAAGCAUUGCUGCUGACGGAGAGGUACGGUCAGCAGACAUCUCUCGAAAUGCUUUUUGUCAUAUUGUGGUGGAGAUUUUGCAUUAUCCUACAAUUAAGUUCACUUCCAAGUUCCUUGUCUCCUAAAAGUCGAGCAUGCAGAGGUAUUUGUGUGCUCACGUAGUAUUUCCGAUUUGAUAGUACGAUAAAAACUAGAGGAAGGAGCGCGGGCAGGAAUCAUGGCACAGCUCAGAACGGGAAUUAUGAUUGUGGCUUUUCUGAUUGUGCCCUUCUUGCAAACCUCCGAGGCCUUGGAUUUCCUCUUCUGGGAUGGACCAACGUGCACCGGCUUCGUGCAAUCCCUCUGCACCGCCAUCAGCAACGACACUUGCUGCAUCGCAGAUAAUGCCUACCAGUCAGUGCAGGUCCAGGAAGGGGAUCCAUGCAAAUCGGCCACCACCUUCAAAGACGGAGAUUGUGCUGCCAAUGUCACAGUUACCACAACCACUGGUAAUGUAUGCUUCGACAGCGGUGGACCCACUUACACCGCGGCUAGCUGGACGCCCUUGCCUUGCAUUAAUGGCACCCCCAUCGUAGUUCCCAUCAACACGAGCACAAACGGGACGACCGAUAAUGGGACAUUCAAUGGAAGUACGCCCACCGUUCGCCGGAGGGCUCUGUUGAGUACUCUUCGUGGGCAGGAGGCCAUUCCAGAACGUGAUUUAACCAGCCAAGCCCGACCGGAUCACAAUGUAAUCUACUACCGAGAAGGUCCAACGAUGGGGAUCUGGAGCCUUUCCAGCGGUGGUGCUAGUAAAGCGGAGCUUCUGGAGCAACUUUCGAGUGUGCCGGACGAGGACAAAGUGUCCUGGUUGUUCUCUCAUGGCGCUACGUACGAUGAUGCAAUGGAAGGAGAGUUGUUGGAGAUUGUAGAGGCGUAAUUUGUCGACUUCAUAGAGAUGUUGCUGAUUGAUUGCUUCGGUUCAACCUGUAAUUAUAGAGGAGGGGUUUAUUAUCUGAUUUUUAUUCGGUCGAGGAUUCCAGUAGAUAAUGAAAGUCGAGGUAGGGUGUGACAUCUGCCUCAACAGCCAUGCAGGCCUGUACCGUAGCACGAUCAUGUUUCUGCACUUCACUUGGGAAUAAGGUCAAACGACUUAUGAACUGAAAAGAGCA